CUGCCUCUUUGAGAAGGCAAAUCGAGGAUAUGGACAAGCAACUCGAGGAAUCGAAAACCCAAAUCCAGUGGUUGAAGCAGCAUAACCUGCAGCCUGGAAAGGAGCAAAAACGCACAAGGAAGCGCGUCGCUAAGCAACGUGGCAUAUCAACGACGCCGCAGCAGAGCCUAGCCCAUACAGGUGACGUUAAAACAACGCGUACACGAUUGAAUUCUGGCGGUAACCUUAGGAUCACAACGCCAGAUGUCAAACAUGGCCGCCCCGCUCCCCUUCCGUCUAACAGCGCUGCUGUAACACCGGACCUAGCCGAGGACCUCAGUUCCACCCGAAACGCCGAGACCACGAUGGCCGGACGACAUAUACAUGGUCUCGUGGCAAAUGGGGUUCUCUUACAGGACGCCAUGCAGCCAAGACUUGCAUACCGCCAGCAGCAUAUACCUCCACAGGAUAUAAUGGCUUUGAAUAGACUUCAAAUGCGAGAGGGAAAUCCUCAGUUGAACACUUCCGCUAGUCCAAUGAUGCCUUCUUGGCCGCCCGGACAAGGCUUCGCCGCAGGCUUCACUAUGCCUCUGCAUCAGCAAGCUGGAUUCCCAACGCCGCCAGCGUCCCAACACCAGCUCUUUGAAAAUCGACAAAACGGAAUACAAGACGCUCAGUGCAUUCCUGGGCACCCUAAUUGGCAGCACUCCCCCGCUCAACUACAGUCCAGGUAUCACAAUGGGAUCCAGGGCGCGCAAUACAUGACCCCGAACAAUGGCUUGCAGAACUCACAGCCCUAUAAUAUUCCUGUACAUCAUGCAUUUCAACAAGCUACGGCGAAUUUUGACCCACAGGCGGCUCGAUCGAACGAUGUACCCACGAUCCAUGGGUUUCAAAUACCCCAAUCAACUAUACCAGGUCAGCGAUCGCCUAUGGAGCACGAGCUUCAUUCCUCUCCUCGCUCAAGAGUAGCCCAUAACGGUCAUUUUCAGCAAAAUAUGCCCCAGAUGCACGCACAACCGGCCAUGCAGCCGACAAUGUCCGCCAACGGCAUCCCUGACAUGCGGAAUACCAUGAGCAAUAUGCCGCAGACGCCUACGAAUACCCAGACGCAGCACAUGCAGCAGCCAUCACCGAUGACAGGCAGCUCGCAGAUGCACAACGUGUCCACGCCGACAAACCAGUCCCAGGAAUGGCAGAUGCCUCCCAACCCCACGCAACAGGCCGUCAGCCAACCACAGGCAUCCAGUCAGGAAGACGACCCAGGCAGCGACAGCAACCACGUCGAGCCCUUCCCAGCCUUCCAAGAAGCGGACCAGGAUUCACCCAGCGACUUUCGUGCCGAGGACCACGCGAUGCUAAACAACUUACAAGACGACGCUUGGUUCAUGGAGGCUAUGAUGCGUCUUAGUCAGGGGGAUCCCGCACCCAUGAACGGAACGCAGCAGCCAUCUGUUACUGCGGACGUCGACGGAUCGAUGGGCGGUUAUGGUGUGAAUGGACAGCAGGCUCAACAACCGGAUGUUCAGCAGGGUUAUAUGGACGCUUCGCUACCACCCUCGGGCAGUCCUACAGGGUACAAUGGAGGUUUCUGAGGAUAGUAAUGGGGGAGAUGGUGGGAUUCGAUGGUGAAGGAAUGUGGGUAGUGAAUUCAGGGACAUGGUAACGGGCGUUAUGGCGUUUAGGG